AUGUCUGGCACAGGAGGAGGGAAGCGCGCCUCUGGUGGGGACAGUCCCCCAGGGCCACCAGAGAAGAAGUCCAAAAAAGAGGAGAAAACGACCACCACUCUCAUUGAGCCCAUUCGCAUCGGUGGAGUGUCUUCCACUGAGGAGAUGGACAUGAAGGUGAUUCAGUUUAAGAAUAAGAAACUGUGUGAGCGUUUGGAGCAGAGGCAGGCACUGGAGGAUGAGCUCAGAGAGAAGAUUGAGAAGCUGGAGAAGCGUCAGGCCACUGACGACACCACUCUGCUUAUAGUGAACCGCUACUGGACACAGCUUGAAGAAAACGUUCACAAGCUGCUGCAGAGAGUGGAGCCAGUGGAGCCCCCUGCACCUCAACCCACCAGGGCCUCUCCAGCGCCGACCCCUGCCCCCGAACCUGCUCCUGACCCUGUCCUGACCUCUCCUCCUGUGCCCGCCCCAGCUGAGGGGGAGGACUGUAUUCCCCAGCCUCCUGCCCCUGAGGAAGAGGAGCAGCAGACGCAGCCUGAUGCGGUGGAGAAGCUUGAGGAGGAACUCUCUGCAGAGCAGCCACCACUGGAAACGGUCCCUGCUCCGCCCCCUCCUCCUCCGCUGAGUGACAGUGCCAAGUCUUUCCUGUCCACUCUGGAGAACAGCAGCGAGGAGGAGCUCAGCCUGCAGCUGCAGGAUCGCAUGCAGUUCAGCAAGGGAGCCGUCGCAUGCAUGGUCUGCAUCUUUGACCGCCUGCACACCUGCAUCCAGGACCUGUGUGCCCGCGUUCAGGCUGCAGUGUGUGAGGAUGACCGUGAGAGAGAGAUUGCGGCCUUAAACCACACGCUGCUGGAUGAGAAUAACCGUCUCCAGGACUUGGCCACCUCGCUGCAGGGAAGACACCACAAAAUGUCUCUGGAGUAUAAUGAGCUGGUUGACAAGGUGACCAGCUCUGAGACCAAGGUGUCUGAGAUGGAGACGGCGGUGGAGGACUUGCAGUGGGACAUUGAGAAGAUCCGUAAGAGGGAACAGAAGCUCAACAAGCACCUUGCUGAGGCUUUAGAGCAGUUAAAUUCAGGGUACCACGCCACGGGGCGCUCCGGAGGCCUGCCAGGAGGACAGAUCACGCUGAACAUACAGAAGUUUGAGCAGCUGAACGCGGAGCUGGAACAGAACCAGGAGCUGGCCAACAGUCGUAUGGCGGAGCUGGAGAAGGUGCAGCAGGAGCUCCAGGAGGCGGUGAGAGAGAGCGAGAAGCUGAAGAUGGAUCUGCGGAACGUUCCAGAGGAAGUGGUGAAGGAGACACCAGAAUACAAGUGCCUCCAGUCCCAGUUCUCCCUGCUGUACAACGAGUCUCUGAGCGUGAAGACUCAGCUGGACGAGGCCAGAGCCCUGCUGCUGACCGCCAAGAACGCCCACCUGCGCCAGAUCGAACACAUGGAGAGCGAUGAGCUGUCCCAGCAGAAGAAACUACGCACAGAGCUCAUCCAGCUGGAGGACACCUUGGCCCAAGUGCGGAAAGAAUACGAGAUGCUACGUAUUGAGUUUGAGCAAAACCUGGCUGCCAAUGAACAAGCGGGCCCAAUAAACAGAGAAAUGCGGCAUUUGAUCAGCAGCCUUCAGAACCACAACCAUCAGCUCAAGGGGGACGUGCAGCGAUACAAGAGAAAACUGCGUGAAACACAGAUGGAAAUCAACAAGCUGCGAUGCCAGAGCGGUGACGCUGGGCCCUUGAUGUUGGAGGAGAGUGUGAGCGACGGAGGACUGGAGGUGAAGAAAGAAGAGGAGGAAGACCAGGAAGAGGAAGAGGAGAGGAGGAGGGAGCUGGAAAGACAGCGAGCCAGAGAGCGAGAGAGGGAGGCUGAGAGAGAACGAGAGAGAGAACGAGAGAGAGAGAGACAACGUAGCGAAGAGCUGAAGAGGAAGGAUUCUGACACGCUGAAAAUGCUCAGAGCAGAGUUGAAGAAAGCCCAGGAGUCUCAGAAGGAGAUGAAGCUGCUGUUGGACAUGUAUAAGUCAGCCCCCAAAGAGCAGAGAGAUAAGGUGCAGCUGAUGGCAGCAGAGAGGAAGUCUAAAGCUGAGGUGGAUGAGCUGAGGCAGCGGGUUCGAGAGCUGGAGGAGAGGGAGAGGAAGGAGAGUAAGAAACUGGCGGAUGAAGACGCUCUGAGGAAGAUCCGUGUGGCUGAGGAGACCAUUGACCAUUUACAGAAGAAACUCACUGCCACCAAACAGGAGGAGGAGUCGUUGCUGAGUGAGAUGGAUGUGACAGGACAGGCCUUUGAGGACAUGCAGGAGCAGAACAGUCGGCUGAUGCAGCAGCUUCGAGAGAAAGACGACGCCAACUUCAAACUGAUGAGUGAGAGAAUUAAAUCCAAUCAGAUCUACAAACUCCUCAGGGAGGAGAAAGAGGAGCUGGCUGACCAGGUGCUCACCUUCAAAACACAGGUGGAUGCUCAGCUGCUGGUGGUGCAGAAGCUGGAGGAGAAGGAGGGAAUCCUGCAGACCACACUGGCCGCGCUGGAGAAGGAGCUGGCCGUCCGCACUCAGGCGCUGGAACUCCAUAAGAGAAAGGCUGUGGAGGCAGCACAGCUGGCUGAGGACCUGAAGGUGCAGUUGGAGCACUCGCAGGCCAAGCUGAGGGAGAUCCAGGCCUCUGUCCUGGAUAACCGCACCGCCCGUGAGAGAGAGAGUGGAAACCUCAAACGAGCCCAGGAGGAUCUGUCCAGACUGCGCCGAAAGCUGGAGAAACAGAAGAAAGUUGAAAUGUACACAGACGCUGAUGAGAUUCUGCAGGAGGAGAUUAACCAGUACAAGGCCAAACUGCGCUGCCCCUGCUGUAACAUGCGUGACAAGGAGACUGUACUCACCAAGUGUUUCCAUGUGUUCUGCUACGAGUGUCUGAAGACUCGUUACGACACGCGUCAGAGAAAAUGUCCCAAGUGCAACGCCGCUUUCGGUGCCAAUGACUUUCACCGCAUCUAUAUUACCUAAAGCACUGGCCAAGCACGGCCAGCAGGAUGGACAGAAUCUGAACGCAAGAAUGAAAAAAGAGGAGAAGCAGGGUGUAGAAGUGGAGAACAGAACUGUGGGACAGGAGGCAUUACGUGUCCCGCUGUUGAGUCCAGGAAGAGGCUGGAUUUUCUGUCAGUUUGUGACAGUUAUGCUAAAGACCAAACAGACAGGAAAGAGUAUGCAGACUGGAGUGAUGUGAUUGUAGCUCUAGCCAAUACACGCACAUGCCCACACACACAUGCACACACACCCACACCCACACCCACACACACACACACAAACAGUACUUGUUUAGAGCUGAAGUGUACUUGCAUUCUAUGUUUUUUUUUUUAAGUUUCCAAUCUUCUCUUUGUUAAAUAUCCCUAAGUUAAUUUUUAAGUUGUUUUCUGCAUUCUCUUCAUGUCUUGGAUUUUGUUCAGUUGGCUGUCACUGUUGGGUUUCCCAGUACUGGUCCCCACCGCAGCUUCAUGGCUGCUGAAAUCCAGAGAGGAUGAUGUCCAUUUGAGAAGCACAGACGUUGUAAUUAUGAAGCAGAUCCAGAUCACCUGGCCGCUCGGCAGUGAUGAUGAAAAUCUGUUAGAGAAGCUAGAAGCCUAGUGAUUUUUACAGACACAUCUGUUGUGUGCUGACUGAUAAGAAUGGUUGGUUUGAUAAAGUGUAAGAUUUAUCUCCUUCAAACUCCGACGACAGUGUGAUCAACAGAUUUCCCUUCAGUGCAGUUUCACUGUGGAGACUGGGUGCUGGAACACGAACUGAACUGUUAACAGCUCUUUAUUAGCGGGGGAAAAAAACAGAAAGA